UGAUAAAUAGGCAGAAUGAGCAACAUUGCAAAGUUUCUCGCUAAAAGGCAGGAUAGAGAAGACGGUGUUGGGACAAACAAGAAGGCGAUACCAUUUAACCAACAGGACUACCAGAGUCUGAAACGUGAAUGUUUGGAGAAAAAAACAUUGUUUUAUGAUCUGACCUUCCCUGCGGUUUCUGAGUCUCUGGGCUACAAUGAACUGGGACCGAAUUCCUCCAAGGUCCAGGGAGUGGAGUGGAAAAGACCAAAGGAGCUGUGUUCAAAACCCCAGUUUAUUGUGGAUGGUGCCAAGCGGACCGACAUCUGCCAAGGGGCUUUAGGUGACUGUUGGCUUCUGGCAGCCAUUGCCUCUUUGACUCUAGAUAACAACAUUCUGGAACUUGUAGUCCCGCCUGAUCAGAGCUUCAAGGAUGGUUACGCCGGCAUUUUUCACUUUCAGUUCUGGCAGUAUGGUGAAUGGGUGGAUGUUGUCAUUGAUGACCGCCUGCCUACCAAAAAUGGAAAGCUGCUGUUCGUUCACUCAGCCGAGGGUUCAGAGUAUUGGAGCGCCCUGCUGGAGAAGGCCUAUGCAAAGCUCAAUGGCUCGUAUGAAGCUCUGACGGGUGGUAACACCACUGAAGGUUUUGAGGACUUUACAGGAGGGAUUGCUGAGAGCUAUGAAUUGAGUAAAGCCCCUCCAUAUCUGUUUAAGAUCAUUCAGAAAGCACUUGGGUUGGGCUCCCUGCUUGGCUGCUCCAUUAAUGCAAAUGCAAAUGAAUUGGAAGCGGUGACCAGCCUGAAGCUGGUGAAAAGACACGCAUACUCCCUUACUGGCGCAGAGGAGGUUCACUACAUGGGACGCCCGGUGCAGCUGGUUCGUAUCAGGAACCCGUGGGGUAAGGUGGAGUGGACAGGCCCGUGGAGCGAUAAGUCCAGCGAAUGGAGUAAUGUCCCACCGAAGGAGAAAGCUAAACUGAAUUAUUCAGCUGAGGAUGGAGAAUUCUGGAUGGCAUAUUCAGACUUUGUGCAGUAUUUCUCAAGGCUGGAGAUUUGUAAUCUGACUCCAGACACUUUGACCAGUGAAGAGGUGGGUCACUGGAGUUACUGCCAGUUUGACGGCAACUGGAGACCAGGAUCCACGGCAGGAGGGUGCAGUAACAAUAGAGGUACGUUCUGCUCGAACCCUCAGUUUGUGAUCAAGCUUGAGGAUGUUGAUGAUGACCCUCAUGAUGGAAAGGAUGGUUGCACUUUGCUGGUUGGAUUGAUGCAGAAAGAUAGGCGCAAAGAUAAACGCUUUGGAAGGGACCUGAAUAGCAUUGGAUUUGCCAUCUAUAAGGUUCCAGAUGAGUACAAGGGUCGCAGUAAUGUUCAUUUUGGCUCGGAUGUGCUGCUGCAAAAAAAAAUGGUUGCGGGGACCAAGUCUUUCGCCAGCAUGCGAGAGAUAAGCGAACGCUUUAAGUUGCCUCCUGGAGAAUAUGUCAUCAUUCCCUGCACUUUUGAGCCCAAUCGGCAGGGUAGUUUCGUACUGCGUGUGUUUACAGAGAAAGAGGCGGUCGCCAGCCCAAUGGAUGUAAAUAUCACUGCAAAUAUUACAAAGGAUUACAUAUCUGAGUGUGAUGUGGACCCAAGUUAUAAACAACUUUUUAUGAAGUUUGCUGGAAAUGACUCACAGCUGUCUGUGGUGGAGCUACAGCAGAUGCUAAACAACUUUGUGUCUAAAAGAACUGAUAUAAAGACUGAUGGUUUCAGUAUGGAAACAUGUCGUCACAUUAUCAGCUUACUAGAUGACAUUUUUAAGAACCGUGACACGGACAAGUCAGGCACUAUGAGUUCCAAUGAGAUGAGAGAUGCACUAAAAAUAGCAGGGUUCCAGGUGAACGGUGAAAUACUUCAGGUGAUAGUCUCACGUUAUGCCGACCCUCAUUAUGCCAUUGACUUUGAUAGCUUUGUGGGCUGCCUGAUCCGUUUGGAGAUGCUCUUCAAAAUAUUUAAAUUGUUCAAUAAGAAGAAUACUGGGAAAAUCGAGCUGGAUAUCCUGCAGACUGGCACGAGGUCAGACGGCAGAAUGAGCAGCAUUGCAAAGUUUCUUUCUAAAAGGCAGGAUAGAGAAGAAGGUGUUGGGACAAAUGAGAAAGCGAUACCAUUUAACAAGCAGGACUAUGAGAGUCUGAAGCGUGAAUGUUUGGAGAAGAAAGCAUUGUUCUAUGAUCCGACCUUUUCUGCGGUCCCUGACUCUCUGGGAUACAAUGAACUCGGAAGAUUUUCCUCAAAGACCAAAGGAGUGGAGUGGAAAAGACCAAAGGAGCUGUGUUCAGACCCUCAGUUUAUUGUGGAUGGUGCCAAGCGGACUGACAUCUGCCAAGGGGCUUUAGGUGACUGUUGGCUUCUGGCAGCCAUUGCCUCUUUGACCCUAGAUAACAACAUUUUGGAGCGUGUUGUCCCGCCUGGUCAGAGCUUUGGGGACGAUUAUGCUGGCAUCUAUCACUUUCAGUUCUGGCAAUAUGGUGAAUGGGUGGAUGUUGUCGUUGAUGAUCGUCUGCCUACCAGAGACGGAAAGCUGCUGUUCGUUCAUUCGGCAGAAGGUACAGAGUUCUGGAGCGCCCUGCUGGAGAAGGCCUAUGCAAAGGUCACCGGCUCAUAUGAAGCUCUGACAGGUGGUAACACCACUGAGGGUUUUGAAGACUUUACGGGAGGGAUUGCUGAGAGCUAUGAAUUGAGUAAAGCCCCUCCAUAUCUGUUUAAGAUCAUUCAGAAAGCACUUGGGUUGGGCUCUCUGCUUGGGUGCUCCAUCGAUAUAACCAGUGCGUAUGAAACAGAGGCAGUGACCAGCCUGAAGCUGGUGAAAGGACACGCGUACUCCCUCACUGGCGCAGAAGAGGUUCACUACAUGGGGAGUCCAGUGCAGUUGGUUCGUGUCAGGAACCCGUGGGGUCAGGUGGAGUGGACGGGCGCGUGGAGUGAUAACUCCAGCGAGUGGGAUAAUGUCCUUCCAGAGGAGAAAGCGAAACUGGGUUAUUCAUCUGAGGAUGGAGAGUUCUGGAUGGCAUAUUCAGACUUUGUGCAGAAUUUCUCAAGGCUGGAGAUUUGUAAUCUGACUCCAGACACUUUGACCAGUGAAGAGGUGGGUCGCUGGAGCUACUGCCAGUUUGACGGCAACUGGAGAGUGGGAUCCACCGCAGGAGGAUGCAGAAACAAUAGAGUUACGUUCUCCUCAAACCCUCAGUUUGUGUUCAAGCUUGAGGAUGUUGAUGAUGACCCUUAUGAUGGAGAAGAUGGUUGCACUUUUUUGGUGGGACUGAUGCAAAAAGAUGGGCGCAAAGAUAAACGUCUUGGAAAGGACCUGAAUACGAUUGGCUUUGCCAUCUAUGAGGUUCCAGAUGAGUUUAAGGGUCGCAGUAAUGUUCUUCUCGGCCCUGAUGUGCUGCUGCGUACAAAACCGAUUGCUGACAGCAGCACCUUCAUCAACCUGCGAGAAUUAAGCGAGCGCUUUAAGUUGCCUCCUGGAGAAUAUGUCAUCAUCCCCUCCACUUUUGAGCCCCAUCGCAAGGGAAGUUUCAUACUGCGUGUGUUUACAGAGAAAGAGGUGGCCGCCAGUCCAAUGGAUGAAGAUAUCACUGCAAACUUGAAAAAGUAUUAUAUAUCUGAGAGUGAUGUGGACCCACAAUUUAAACGCCUGUUUAUGCAGGUCGCUGGAAAUGACUCAGAGGUGUCUGUCCCAGAGCUACAGAAGAUAUUGAACCACAUUGUGUCUAAAAGAAGUGAUGUAAAGACUGAUGGUUUCAGUGUGCAAACGUGUGGUCAAAUGAUCAGCCUGCUAGAUAAAGAUGGCAGUGGCAAACUUGGUCUGGUGGAGUUUCACACCCUGUGGCUGAAGAUCCAGAAAUAUUUGGAAAUUUUUAAAAGACGUGACGGAGACAGGUCAGGCACUUUGAGUUCCCUCGAGAUGAGAGAUGCAAUAAAAGAAGCAGGGUUCCAGGUGAACGGGGAAAUACUUCAGGUGAUAGUCUCACGUUAUGCCGACCAGGAGUACGCCAUUGACUUUGAUAGCUUUGUGGGCUGCCUGAUCCGUUUGGAGAUGCUCUUCAAAACGUUUAAAUUGUUCGAUAAGAAGAACACAGGGAAAAUCGAGCUGGAUAUCCUGCAGUGGCUUUGCUUGGCCCUCAACUGAAAAACAGAAAAUUCCCAGGAGAAAAUUCCUUGGCUGGUCGAGUUGGAAUUGUCUUCAAAAUGCAUUAUGUUCAUGGUGUAUAUCAGAUGGAAAUCAAAUAAAGCUGUGUUGCAUUAUUCA